AUGGUUAUGGUUAUGGUUAUGGCAGAGGAAGAAGAGAACGCGUUAUCGAGCGAACCAGAAUUUCCGAAGAGUCGAGUGAAGAAAAUAAUGACACUUGACAAAGACGUGAAGAGAGUGAGUUCAGAAGCGUUGUUUCUGGUGUCGCGAUCUACGGAGCUUUUUUUACAGUUACUUGCUGAAAAGUCUGCGCAGGUCGCAAUUGAGAAGAAGCGCAAGACUGUGAAGCUUGAACAUAUAAGAAUCGCGGUGAAGAGGAAUCGGCCUGUAAGUGAUUUUCUUCUCGAUUCGCUUCCGUUGCCUUCUGAAGGAACUAAAUCCGAUAAUCCCGUGGCGGUUGUAGUUGAUAAGGCUAAAUCUGUUCCGGUUGGUACUCGCCGCAUUGAUCAUAUAUUCCGAAAGUCGGAAGCUGAGGCUCCUGAACCGGUGCCUGAACCCAUGGAAGAGUCAUAG